AUGGAGAUCUGUGAUUGGAUUAAAAACAUUGAAAUGGGUGUUUUGGCUGCAAUUGAGAUCACAAGAAAUAAUAUAUUGGAAAAUACCACUAAUAGCAUCAAUAAUACUGACUUUAACAUUAUUGAUGAAUACGACAAGCUAUAUAAUAAAAUUGAAUCUUUAUGUAGAGACCAAAAAGAAUUCUAUGAGUAUAUAUUGGAAAAUUCAGAUAAAGAUAAUAAUUAUUUAGAGGGAGUUAAGGAAUACCAGGAAAGAGUCAAGUUAGAAAAGAUCACUCAAAAACUGGAGAAUAGUAAAGAAUACUUAAGAGAAUGUAUAAAAAGUGAAUUACAGAAUAUCAACUAUAUAGAAACGUUAAUUAUAAUGUGGAAGCAUUCAUCAUAA